CUUUCCGGCUGCUUUAGUUUCAUUUUCAGGGAAACACAAACCUAAAGUGAGUUAUGUCUGCUCCUACACAGAGAGCUCAGACACUGGCAGAAGCAGGCUAAGGCAGGAUGUUGAAGAUAUCAGGACAAAUCAGCUGCUGUGUGGCUCUCCUCCUGACCCUCUCCUCUGUGUCAGCUGUAAGACGAGCGCUCAAUUCAAUCAGUGACCUGAAGACGGUAGGCUUUGGCCAGUCUGUGCCUGAGUACAGCCUCCGUUUGCUCCACUGGUUUGCCAAUGAAAUUGACAUUAACAACAAUGAUGAUAUCCUGCUGACCUUUGACCCAAACAGUGGUGAUUAUGGCUCACAUUAUUAUCGCAACGAUGAAGAGCUGUUAGACCCACUGCCAAGGGGAUACCGAUACUACACUGUUGGUAAUAGCUACCAAGAUGCAUCUCUGGAACUUCCAGAUUAUGUCGCGGAGUCUGACAUUGAGGACAGUAACAGGGUUCGCAUUAUAAUUAGAGUCAGGCAGCAGAAUGCAGCACGGAUAAUAGACCAAGUCUAUAUCACACAGCAUUAUGAGACAUAUGAAGAUCAAGGGACAGAUUAUGAUCCACAACAUACAUAUCCAGUCACCGUCUGCCUCCUAAGAGCGAUCAGAAAGUUUUCCUUGGACCGCAAUAACAUCAACUCAAUGAGGUCUCUCAGAGACCACUUUGGAAGCAGUGCUGAUGAUUCCCAGCUAUGGGAAAUUAUGGAUAUCUGGGAUGAGCUUGCUUGUCUUGGACUGUUUUUGUUUAUUGUGAUCCCAGAAAAGUAUUCCUCUCACAAACACAACAGCAGACGUCAGCCAGCACCAAGAAGGAACACACAACCUGAUUUUGAGAGCAGGCAAAAUGUCACUUCUGGGAUGUCUGCAAAAAAUCAAGUGGAUCAUAGAAAUGGGAUAAAACUGAAGGUGACAACAGGCAAAAGUGGAAACGCCAGAAUUAUUUGGAGCAAUGUUCAUAGUGACCUUCUUAAACGAAAUGUGAUGGUGGCACUUUACCAGAAUAAUCAGGAAGAGAAAGCCCUGACUUCUAAAUGUAUUGAGAACAUAUCGUCAGGCAGUUAUGAUACAUCAGUACCCCUGAAUGAAGGCCUUCAGGUACGACUGCAUGAGGUUAGGACUCGAUUUUUCUUCUGGAUUUCAGUAGGACAGGAGAUAGACAGAGGCAGUGAGUUUAAAACCCCCAAAGCUGUGAAUAUAACAGGAUACAAUGCAAACCUGCAACUCUUUGCAAAUGACGGCAAGGCUUGUGCUCGCUUAACAGUGACAAAGUCUUUCCAUAACUGGAAGUCUGAAUUUAAAAACGCAUGGGUAGGUUUCUAUAGCUCUGAAAAUAAUGCCACAAAAAACUAUGAACGGUGGCAAUGGCAAUGGGCAACAAAAUUCAAAGAAAACAAGUCUCAGGACAAUUAUAAUGUAUACGAGUACGAGUCAGGUAUGACAAUUGCCCCGGGAGUGCAAGCACGCUUCAUACUGCAGGAUGAAAUAGAGAAAGCAAGAACCUCACCCUGGGCUGAAUGAAGAAAUUUACUCCUUUAAAUACUGAUUGAAUAAUGAUUUUUAAAAAGCCAAAGAAAGAAAGUAGAGACAAGUGUUAGCAGCAGAUUUUAAUUUCAGGUCAUUACCAGCCUCUUAAGAGUGAUCAGAAAGGUUUCUAGAGACCACUUUUGAAGAAACAAUCAUGAUUACCAGCUAUGGGACAUUAUAAACAUAUGGUUGUUGUUUAUUGUUGUCAAGAGGCCUGGCCCUAUACUAUGAAGCAAACCCAGAGUAUCUUUCAAUUACCUGGAUUCAAUGGUGAUCAGGAUACAGUCAUACGAAGCUGUUUAUCAACUUGCCAAGUUAACUCCCAGCUUCUUUCACAUGAAAAGGGUGGUCUUAGCAUCUGAUUGAUCUCAAAGGAGCAUUUCAUGGAUCAUAUACACAAAAUGAUCCCUACGCAACCUAAACCAGACAUUAUCAAAUGGUGAUUAAAAAUCUGUAAACAUAGUAACAUUGAAAAAAUAAAUAAAAUAAAAUUGUAUAAAUGUUUUUAUACUUCACUUUAAAUGCUGCUAAAUCUUAUAAUACAGCCACUGGGACACAAAAAGAAAAACACCAAGAAUACCUAUUCAACAAAUCAAAGUCACUUUGAUCUGCAGACAAACUGAAGUCAUUUCAACAUCUCCUUUAUUAGCCUGUGGGACAGUAAGUUUUAAUGUUCAAAUGCAUCUACAGCUGUAAUGUGCAUCCAUCACCUUAGAAAUAAUCAACAGCACAGAGCAUGCACUCAGCCAUAAAAUAAUUAAUGUGAAUUAAAAUGUUUACUUUACCACUCAAUGCACUAAGUCACAAGAUUAAUGAGUUUCUCUCAUCCUUUUUGCAACAGCAUUUUACAGUUUAUGUUCUUUGCAUAAUUUUGAUCAACAUUUAUCAUCAUCUGAUAAGGUCUGUGAUAGCAACACUCGUAGGGAUCAUUUUGUGUGGAGGACGAGUCAUAUGACCCGUGAAACACCCCUUUUAGAUUGGUGUUGGCAGCAUCUGACCAACCGUUUUAUGUGAACAUGCAGGGGAAACCCUGGAGUUAAUGAGUUGAUAAAUAGCUUCGUGUAACUGUUUAUUCAAUUGCUGAUGUUAGAGUAAGUAAAUCCAAAUAACAGAAAGAUACCCUGGGUGUGUAGAACUUGCUUCAUAGUACAGGCCUCUGAAAAGCUACAACUCUAACCUAAAUAACCUAUUGCAGGCUGCAACACAAGGAAACAACACAACCAUGAGAUAGCACCUUUGGAAUCAGGGCUUCUCCAACAUAUGUGUGCAAGGACUAAUUUAACUAAAAUCAACAUCAGCACAUAGUUUAAAUCGAGCUUCUCUGUUAGAAUUGACUGUUACCGACUACAGAAUCCUGUUACAUCAUUAUUCUUACUUGCUGUCUUGAUACACUACUAGCAAGUUUUUACUUUUUUCAGCACCUUAGCUCCUGAACGUUUUUUCCUGGUAUUUCUUCUGCAUCAGUGAAGACUGUAUUUUUCAAAAAGGACAAAUUCAGAUAGUGAGGCCAUUAGUAAUUAUUGGCCUAUUUCAAAUCUUCCAUUUAUUGGCAAGAUUACGUAUUACGAUUAAGUAACUGCUUGAAAACAAAUUUCUACUAUGAAAUUUUCCAAUCAGGAUUUCAUCAAUGUCACAUCACAUAAACUGCUCUCAUUAAAAAGGUGUUCAAUGAUAUUUACUAUCAUUGUUUACCUGUUUUACACUAUAUUUACAUAUGUUUUUAAAUCGGUGUUAUAUAUUUUUUUAACAUUUUUA